UUCCCCAAAGUCUCUUGAAAAACCGGUUUCCCUUGUUUUCCCGGAGACGAGUUUCAGAGCUUUUUCUCGAGAAGUCAGUUCAGAGGAGGAACAAGAAGCCUACAAAUGUCCUAGUUGUAGUAGUAAGUAAAAACUGCUUCAUAAAAUACUGACCUAUGGAGAUUUAAAUGAACUGAUUCCAGACCUUCAGCAUCAACGUGAAUCAGUGAAGAAUGACGGAGUCUGUUUUAUGUGAAUAUCUUCUGGAUGCUCUGAAUGAUCUAAACACUGAAGAACUGACGACAUUUAAAUGGCACUUGAAGAAUUCUUACCGUGUUCAAAGUUCUGAGCUGGAGAAGGCAAAACACAGCACUGAUACAGUGGAUCUGAUGAAGAAGCGUUUUGGACCAGAAGAAGCUGUGAAGAUCACGGCGGACAUCCUGAGGAAGAUGAACCAGAACCAUCUGGCUGAACAGUUGGAGAAGAAACACAAGCAAGAAACUGAUCCCAGGACCAGGAAUGACUUUCUAAAAUAUUCCCAUCGGAUCACUCUGGAUCUGAACACAGUGAAUAAAUACAUCCGUCUGUCUGAGAGCAACACACUGAUUACAUUCAUUGACACACCACAGUCGUAUCCUGAUCAUCCAGACAGAUUUGAUUGGCCUGAGGUGUUGUGUAGAGAGAGUGUGUGUGAUCGACGCUGUUACUGGGAGAUUAAGUGGAGUGGACGUGUGUUUAUAUCAGUGUCAUAUAAGAGCAUCAGCAGGAAGGGACGGGGUGAUGAGUGUUGGUUUGGACGUAAUGAUCAGUCCUGGAGUUUGAGAUGCUCUUCCUCCAGUUACUCAUUCAGACACAAUAAGAUAAAGACUGAUCUCCCUGUAAAGCCCAUUAUCAGUACAGUGAAUAAGGAGAAUCACUAUAGAGUAGGAGUGUAUGUGGAUCAGAGUGCAGGAACUCUGUCCUUCUACAGCGUCUCUGGAGACACAAUGAGCCUCAUCCACUCAGUCCAGACCACAUUCACUCAGCCGCUCUAUCCUGGGAUUGGUGUUUAUCCUGGAUCAUCAGUGAAACUGUGUUGAUGAAUCAGUGACAGAGAGACUCUACCCAUAAUGCUUUGAGCUGAUGAUGAAUCAGAACAGAGAGACUCUACCCAUAAUGCUUUGAGCUGAUGAUGAAUCAGAUGUUAUAGAGUUUCUUCAUUACAUUAAUACUGAAAUAUCACGACACAAUAAAUGUGUGUUAAUGACUCAAAAUCACAUGAUGAAAUAAAUGUUGAAAUACUGUAAUAAAUGUUGAACUCAGUGUUCAUGUA